AAAAUAGUGCACCUAGUUAUUAUCAACUUGCUAAAUAUUGCCCGCUUUUUAACAUGUUGUACCAGUUGCCGUCCUUUCUAUCUUUCACAAAGGGUAAUUUAGGUACAAAGGAGUGGCGGCUUUUUUUAAAGUGUAUGAAUAAUGGACAUUUCGUCUCCGCAUGGCACGAUAUUCCUCGUUGCCCUGUUUAUUGUGGUAAUGGAAAUAAGGACCCUAAAAGUGAUCUAAUAUUCACUUAUGUGAAUGAAAUACCUCGUGGAAGCCGUGCGAAGAUGGAGCUGAUUAAGGAGGAAACUUACAACCCUAUUUCACAAGAUAGAUUCAAUAAAAUGGAAGGACAGCCUCUAAGAUUUUUCGCUUAUGGCAACAUACCCUUUAAUUACGGCUUCAUACCACAAACAUGGGAAAAUCCAGAUAGUUUAGAUAAGGAAACCAAGUGCUAUGGUGACGGUGAUCCCAUUGAUGUGGUGCAGCUAGGGCCGACGCCCGCACCCAUUGGGGACUUCAUGCCAGUGCGCGUCCUGGGAGUAUUGGGCCUCAUCGACGAAAAUCAAACUGACUGGAAGAUUAUUGCAGAACCUAUAGUAAUGGGUAAAGUAGUUUAUGGUAGUCUGGAGCGUGUACCGAUGGAAGUUCAGCGACUGAUCGUUGAUUGGUUUAGAAAUUACAAAAUAUCAGAAGGAAAACCCCAGAACGAGUUUGUAUUUGACGGUGAAAUACGUGGUAUGGAGACGGCACUGCAGAUCCUUUCGAACACUGGAGCAGAAUAUGAUAAGCUAUUCGAUGCAAAGAUCGCUUCCUACGGUUAUUGGUUAUCUCAAUAGACACCCCUUUUUUCUGUCUUUUCUUUUCCAAACGACGUUUUCUUUUUCGUACAGUAUUUAUCCUUUUCACGUAUUUAUCAAUUCUAUUGUUAUAUAGAUCCAUAUUGGAUAUAAUUAAAACUCUACUGAACCUGCUUUUAUUUAAAUUAAAUAAUUUGAAUGCGUUAAUGUUUUCAAAAAAUAUACUUUUCCGAUGAAA